AUGAAAGCGACAAAUAUUGGUGAAAUUUCACAUAUCACCGCUGCUGUGAAUGACACUACUACAGAAUUGAAUGAUAUAAAACAAGAAGUUCGCUCAAUACAAGAGCAACAUGAAGAAAUGCAAGCUUUAAUCAUCUCUAGAGAUACAACAGUAAACGGUUCUGUGAAAGAUCUUUUGGACACCUUACGAACCAUCUCCUACAAUCAAACUGUCCUGGAAAAUAAAUUGGAAGAUGCUUUGAAAAACCAGAUGAAUACUGAUAUUUUUGUUAAUACCAUCAAUGAAAAAUUACAAUCCUUGACUCAAACUGUAACAAAAUUACAAUCCUCUUCUGUGUCUCCUACUGUGGUAUCAACACGUUCAUCAGAACCUUUAUCCACUACUAGCAUAUCCCAUAGUUCAUUAAUGACCUCUAGGAGAGGACCAGGAAGACCUAGGAAAGAUCUUUCAUCAGGUCGUUAUACUCGAGACAUUAAUGGAUUUCAAAAAAUAGCACCAAUACCACAAAAUGGCAAAGUUUCACUUCCUUCUGGUGAUGUAACAAUACCAAAAUCAAAAAGAUAUUUCACUGACCCGAUAACAAACACCUCUAAUAACAUAAGGACGAGAAAAAUGUCGAAGACUAUAGGUUCACCCCCAACUCGUAGUGCAAGUGCAACUCCUGCAAAUAAUACUUCUUUUUCUGCUACGGCAGCUGCAGCUGCUAGAUUGUCAAAAUCUGCUGGAGAUGUGACAUUCUCUUCACCAACACCCAAAAAAAGAAGAGGAAGACCUCCAAAAAAGAGAACAGUAGAUACUGUCAUAAUAACAACAACAAAUGAUGAAGAAGAAGAAGAAGAAGAAGAAGAAGAAGAAAACAACAUUUUCCAAAAGGAACAUUUUGGUGUGGUAAACCCCAACAUUAAAGUAAAAUUAAAUUUAAUAGAAAACAAUGAUCCGAAAACUGUGAAAAAUGAAAUAAUCAAUAAAUAUGAUACUACAGAAACUUCGGUCGAUGCAACACCGAUGAUAACCCCUCUUAAUACCAGUCGUUAUGCUACAAGAAGCCACACUGCAAAAUUUCAGGAUCCCAGUUCCGUGGUUUCAGAUGGCAACUCAAGUGCUGAAGAAGGUGAUAAUGGGAAUGGUUCAGAAGGAGAAGAGAAUAAAGACGUAGAUAACGAAGAAGGUCAAAGUGAGAAUGUCGAUAAUGAUGGCAAUGCAUACAAAGAACUUGAAACUGGAACUGCUGGUGGUGUAAAUGUAGAUUCAAACACAGAUGAAGAAAAGGUGGACAAGAAAGAACGAGCCAGUAAUGGAAAACAAACAAACUCAGAGCUAAAUAGGCAACAAAGGGAGUUAGAGAAACUACGUGAUCCUCGUGAAAAGAUGUUAGUGAGUUUGAAGUACAAUGAUAGAGACAGAGCUAAAUCGUUUAUCAAAUCAAAUCAAAAAUUAUUACAAGCAAUGAGAGAUGAAGAAAAGAAAAGGAGGAUGAAUUCUUUUGCCAUAGAAAACAAGAAAUCAAAUGAUCUAUUGAUGCUAACCCCAAAAUUAACUUCAAACAAAAUAUCAUCAGCACCUGCAUCAACACGUAUGCGCGUAUUAACUCUGUCGUCUCACCCUGAUAAUAUACGCGUAGGUGGGUCGCAUGUCGGACCUCCUAUUAAUGAAGCAAUUAUGCCAGGGUCUGAUAUAGUGUCUCGUAGGGAAAAUUCUUCGAAUAACGAACCUCCAGAGGGUUCUCAUCCUGGUAAAAAUGAAAAUGGUACUGAUACUUCUGUAUCUAAGAAGAUAAGCAACCUUGAACCAUCAGAACUUGAUGAAGAAGGUAUUAAAAAGGGUCAAGGGUUACUUACUACACCUGGUGAAGUCAAAGAUAGUAAUGGUAACGAUUAUAUAAUUGGCCCAAGAAAGAGGGGAAGAACCAAUUCGUUGACAUUCAAGGUUGCUGACGGAUCUAUACUAGAGCCCGUUGAAUACGAAAAUAAUGACCAAAGUAAAUCGGGAAAAAAGAAAAAAACAAUGGCUUCCUCUCCUCCACCUUCCGAAGCGUCAACCAUUGAAUCUAAAGUAACAACACCUUUUCCAGGAACGAAUACGAGCAUGGCAUCAGUCAUUCCUUUAGGAAAUAGAUCUGUAAACGAGUCAAAGGGUGGUAAGGGACCACAAGAUGCGACCAUAAUACAUGAGGGCUCUUCUGGUCAUCCUGCCGCGACUGACUAUCAAACGACUUUAUUACUUGGCGCACCAAUUGAGUUGGUAUGUAGGGAUGGUUUCUUUUUCCGCCGUAAUUCUCCAAAGGUUCCAAUUACAACUGGAGCUUAUUUAGAGUUUAGAUUUAUUGCCAAGGAACAAGAGCUUCUCAAAACAAAAAAGGGAAAUAUGAAGAAGGAUAAUGGGAAAGGAUUUAUAGUUGCUACAUUACCAAAACAAGAUCGUAGCAAUUCACUCUCAUUCAAGAAUGUGGUAUCCACAGAAACAGAAGUGGCAUUUAAUAUCUUAGGAAAGACGACAUUGACAGAAAAAUAUGUUAAUUCUUUGGAAUAUUUUUUGAUGGAGUUCAGAUGGGAAAAUAAAUUAAUUAGGUUAGGUUUGAAGUUAAGGGAAUCAAAGAGAACGUGGCAGCGGAGAAAGGCAUUAUUUGCAUUAUUUGAAUUCUGGAGAGAUCAGUCGAGAGAUAAGAGAGGAUUUCCAAACUACACUGUGUUACAUGCUGUGAAGGAGAUGGAAAACUAUAGGAUAUUCAUCAAUAGAUCUGUUUCAUGGUUUUAUAAUCAUAUUACCCUAUUAAAGAUGAUUCUAUACGAUCUAUGUUACAAGACAGAUUCUCAGUGGAGAGAGUGGAUGUUCCCCAAGGAUUCUAAACUGCCUGUUUUGGGAGAUAGUUUAGAUGAUGGUACAAAGAUCACAGAAGAAAAUAUAAAUGAAGUGAUUGACAAUUUGCUGGUAUUUGAUUUCCUAGAUGAUGGUACAAUGAAUAGGCAAGUCAAGUCAUCCCAAGUUAUCGUUCCGGAACACACGAAAUAG